AUGUUCAAUAAACGUGUAAUCGUUUUUUACUCCUUUCCUUAUGUAAUUGAGGUAUUGCAUAGGACUGUUUUACUGUGGUGCACAAAAGAACUUACAAUAAAGGAGAAGAAAUCUCUACGUGUGAAUAUUGAAUUUGAUCAUGCUACAUUGAUACGUUGGUCUCCAGAUGGUAAAGCUUUUAUCAUACACAAAGGUGUGGCAAACUCUAUCGAAGUCUACAAGAUUUCCAAAAAGUCAGAUGGUACUUUGGCUUCUGCAACAAAAGCGUUAGAAUUUCCAAAGAAACAUACCGACGAUGUAGUUGGUAUGGACAUUGCAUGCACAGGAAAAUACAUAGUCACAUGCAGCAAAACAAAUGAUCUUGCGAUAUGGGAUCUUAAGGGUCAGAUUCUUGCAACAAUAGAACUGCAUUUGGGUUCCACUUACAGAGCACGUGUAUCACCUUGUGGGCGUUUUGUUGCCGCUUCAGGAUUUACACCAGACGUGAACGUGUUUGAGAUACUAUUUACCAAAUCCGGUGAUUUCAAGCAAGUUUCAAAAGCUUUCGACCUUGCUGGUCAUUCAUCUGGUAUACUUGAUUUUAACUUCAGUGCUGACAGUAGUUGUAUGGCUACUGUAUCAAAGGAUGGGACUUACCGCUUAUAUAAUACAAGAAUUGAAUUUGAGAAAGGGGAAGAUCCGCACAUGCUUUUAUCUGGGGCAUGGGAUAGUGCACCAACAGCUAACAUUGCAAUCUCCCCCAACACAGAAGUGUUAGUUAUAGCUCACGGAUCCUCGUUAAGUUUUUAUUCGACAAUUAAUGGCUCUCUGGACAGUACUAUAGAGGAUAUCUUUCUGGGUCCCAUCACGUGUCUGACCUUUGAUGCCCUAGGAGAGUACGUGUUGGUAGCUGGAGACAAGCAUAUAAAGAUCUUCCGCAAUGUAACCGGUUAUCGAACGGCCAUCGAAUCCGCGAAACUCAAGCUUACGCAAAAGCAGACGUCCGCGACAAAGGAACGCUUAGAGAAACUCAUCAUUGACAGCCGGAAGUUUCUUCAAUCAAUGGGAGAGAAGUGUCCUUAA